AUGCCUAUGUGGAAAGGGAAAGGAGAAAUUGCUGACUGCACUUCGUACAGGCCUAUACGACUGCUGUGCCAUACGAUGAAGGUCUUUGAGCGUGUCCUGGAGGCUCGUCUGAGGAAAAUUGUCAGCGCUUCACUCAACCAGUGCGGUUUUCUGAAAGAUUGGAGCACUAUAGAUGCUAUCCAUGCUGUCCGUAUCCUUCUGGAGAAACAUCGAGAGAAGAACCGCAGUGUGCGUCUUGCUUUUCUCGAUCUCGAGAAAGCUUUCGAUCGUAUCCCACAUGAGCUGUUAUGGAUGUCCAUGAGGUCGCAUAGAGUACCAGAAGAAUAUGUGCGGUGGACAAAGCUGCUUUAUGCGAAGCCCACCAGCCUUGUCCGAUGUGCUGCUGGAACAAGCAUGCCAUUCCCUGUACAAGUAGGGGUUCAUCAGGGUUCAUCCCUGUCACCUCUGCUGUUCAUACUGUGCAUGGACACGAUAACGAAGGAAAUCCGGAAGCAGCAUCCGUGGACUCUACUCUUUGCCGACGAUGUCAUGCUCGUCUCGAGAUGA